AGCGCACAUGACCUGAGGAGGCGGAGACUGGAGGGACGGACAGAUGGAUGGAUAGACAGAUAGAUGGAUGUGUGUGUGUGACCGCGUCUCAAUAACACUACUGGACUCUACAGCCGGACCCAGCUGACCCUCAGCGGACAGGGCUCCAGUCAUGUUCAGCGGCGGCGGGCGGCGGGCGGCGGCGGUACCGGCGGGGAGCAGCGGCAGCAGCAGCGCUGGAGGCGGCGGUCAGUCAGUGAUCAGAUCGAUAGUUGGAAAAUGGCUUCAAUGCUGAAGGUUGUCAAAUGCUCAUUAACCUGCUGUCCAUCUGCCAUCAUUUUUGGGAGUUCUGCACAUGCUCAGUGUGGCCCCUGCAGUGUGUUCUAAUCCCAGUAGACUAAAGCUCCUCUUCUGUCCUUCAGGAGCAUGCCCUCAGAGCCCCCUCCAAGCCCCCAGACCAUGCUGACGGGUCAGAGGCUGUGCCAGUCCAAAUCUCACCAGCAUUCCGUCCUGGCGGCCCUGAACCAGCAGCGGAUGGACGGCCUGCUGUGUGAUGUGACGCUGGUGGCCGGAGAGCAGAAGUUUCACGCCCACAGAGCCGUGCUUGCAGCCUGCAGCGACUACUUCAGGGCCAUGUUCAGUCUGUGUAUGGCUGAGAGUGAGGCUGAUGAGGUUACUCUGCAGGGUGUGUCUGGUGUCGGACUAAAACAUGCACUGGACUUCGCCUACACAGGCCAGAUAGUGUUGGAUCCAGGAGUUAUUCAGGAUGUUUUAUCUGCUGGGAGUCAUCUGCAGCUUCUGGAGCUCCUCACACUCUGCUCACAAUACCUGAUACAGGAGCUGAGCAGUGUGAAUUAUCUGGAGCUGUACCGAUUGGCUGACUUAUUUCACCUGCCCGUGCUGGAGGAGGCUGUGAUUGGUUACCUGGUGCAGCACCUGGCGGAGCUGGAGGAGGCGGAGCUUCUACUGCUGCCACUCUGUCUCCUGCGGGAAGUUCUAAAGAGUGACCAGCUCACAUCCGUCACAGAGGAGGAGAUAUGGCAGUUGCUGGUGCGCUGGUUGGAGCACGGCUGUCGGCUUCAUCACUCAGAGGAGCUCUUGCAGCACGUCCGUUUCGGCCUGAUGGACCUGUCCACCCUGCAGCGCGUGUCCUGCAGCCUGCCCCUGCUGCGCACCUGCCCCACCGCCACCGCCCUGCUGGAGGAGGCGCUAGAUUACCACAGCUGCGUCUUCGCCCAGCCGCUGCACCAGACUUCGCGGACCACCCCCCGCUACCGGUCGCUCACGCUCUACAUCACCGGCGGCCGCAAACGCGAGGUCAGCCGCGUCCGAGAGCUGCGCUUUUUUAACCCUGCCCCUCAGGAAAACCUAAGACAGGUGGGGGGUGGAGCCAACUGGAGUGAACUUGCACCCAUGCCGACAGGGCGGAGCCACCACUGCGCAGCAGUAAUGGGUAACUUUCUGUUCGUGGCAGGCGGUGAGGUGGAACACGCGAGUGGACGCACAUGUGCCGUACGGAGCAUGUGCCGCUACGAUCCGCGGGCCAACUGCUGGACAGAUGUGGCAUCGAUGAAGGCUUGUCGUGAGCACUUCGUGCUAGCCGCCCUGGGGCAGUACCUGUACGCGGUUGGGGGCAGGAAUGAACUGAGGCAGGUUUUGCCCAGUGUGGAGCGCUACUGCCCCCGCAGGAACAAGUGGAGCUACGUCCAGCCGUUUGACCGGUCACUGUCUUGCCAUGCCGGGUGUGUGGCAGAUGAUCUUCUGUGGAUAUCUGGUGGUGUAACAAAUACAGCACAGUACCAGAACAGACUGAUGGUGUUUGACCCAGAGCAGAAUCAGUGGUUGAUGCGGAGCCCCAUGCUGCAGAGGAGGGUGUAUCAUGUGAUGGCGGCGGUGCGGAGGCAGCUGUACGUGCUGGGAGGAAACGACUUGGACUUUAAUAAUGACCGCAUCCUGGUCCGGCACAUAGACUCCUACAAUAUAGACCUGGACCAGUGGACACGCUGCACCUUCAGCUUACUGACCGGCCAAAACGAGGCAGGUGUGGCGGUCCAUGAUGACAGGAUCUACGUGGUUGGUGGAUACUCAAUCUGGACUAAUGAACCUUUGGCCUGCAUUCAGGUUCUGGAUGUGAGUACCAAAGGAAAAGAAGAAGUGUUUUAUGGGCCGACUCUCCCAUUCGCCUCGAAUGGAAUAGCAACAUGCUUUUUACCUGCCCCGUAUUUCGCCUGCCCUAACCUGCAAACGCUACAGAUGCCCCAUCACCGCAUAGGAACACUCUAACACAAACAUGCACACACACACACACACACACACAGAGUAAACAAACAGAAAACAUAAACUUUUUCACAUGGACCAAGACAAUGGACUCCCACAGAAAUGUAUGGACUUUGGGAGUUUGAUGCUGUGGACCACCUGAACGAUGAUCUACAUUCGGACUAAACACACUAUAAUAUUUCAUUAUUCAUACAGUUUAUUUCAAGUUGGAGCUAAAUUCUUGUUGUAACUCAAACGUAUGUUUUUAGCACAUUUGUUUUCUCUCAUCUCAUCCAGCUACAAACUGCAACUGCUGUAAAACUACUAAUGAAGCUAAUGAAGACUGCCAGCUAAGUGCCAGUAAACGCCCAACGGAGGAGAAGUUCCCCCUUAACCCAAGACUGUAGUCGAACAAUUAACUGGAGCGCCUACCAAUUAGCAUGGUGCUAACUGCACGACUAAUUUCAGCACUUUCCUUGUUUUUAAGGGGCUGUACAUCUGUCCCUUGCAAUUAAAGAGACUGUGUCUGUUA